AUGGCAUUAACAACAAGUAAAACUCGUGGUUUCGGUUUUAUUACAAGAAAAAGCGAUGGUGCAGAUUUAUUUGUGCAUUCUCGUUCGAUUCGUCAUACUGGUUUAGAAUCUCUUGAAGAAGGAAUGGAAGUUGAAUUUCUUGAAGUUCAAAGUAAUCGUGGUGCUGAAGCAAAAGAUGUUCGUAUUGUUAACAAAACCGAUUCAAUAGAAAAUACUCAAAAUCAGAAGAAGGAUUUUGAUAUGAUUAAUGAUUCAUAUUCAAACACAAAAUUAAAUGAACAAGAAACAGGCAUAAUAAAACAAUGGAAUAAAGAACGUGGAUUUGGUUUUGUUCGUCGAGCAUUAAAUGGAAAGGAUUUGUUUGUUCAUGCAAAAUCACUCAAAGAUGGUCUUCGAGAAUUAGAAAUUGGUCAACAAAUUCAAUUUCGAAUACAACAAAGUGAAAAAGGUGAAGAAGCAUCGAAUGUACAUUUACUUAAAAAAGAACAAUAG